AUGGCAUGGAACGUAUUCAAGUUUUGUACAUGGCUACGUUGUCUCGGUUCAAUCAUGAUCAUCAUCGUCCUAUGCCUUGUUGGUGUCACCUAUUAUGUCGUUGUUGUUGCUAAUUACGGCCCUACCCUCCUUCUCCAUGGUUCCAUAACCGCUUUCCUUAUCCUUUUCCUCUUUCAUGCAUUGCUGGCGAUGGUGUUAUGGAGCUACUUCUCUGUUGUAUUUACGGACCCUGGACAUGUGCCUUUGAAUUGGACCCCUAAAUUUGAUGAGGAAAAAGGUAGUGAUGAUCAUGCAGAUUUAUUGCCGGAAUCUGCAGUAGAUGGUGGCCAAACACAACAUUGUAAAAUACGGUAUUGUCGAAAGUGUAACCACUUCAAACCUCCUCGUUGCCAUCACUGUUCUGUUUGUGGGAGGUGCAUUCUAAAGAUGGACCACCAUUGCAUUUGGGUUGUAAACUGUGUGGGUGCAUUCAACUAUAAAUAUUUUCUUCUUUUUGUGCUUUACACAUUUUUUGGGACAACACUUGUCACGGUCUCAUUAUUACCAUAUUUUUUGAUAUUCUUCACUGAUGAAGAGAUUUCUGGGUCGGCAACAACAAUUAUUCUAUCUUUUGUUACAUUUGUUUUGAACUUGGCUUUUGCAAUCAGCCUUUUAGGGUUUAUGAUUUUGCAUAUUAUACUUGUCAUUGCUAAUACUACUACCGUUGAGGGAUUUGAGAAAAAAUCUACUCCCAAAUGGCAUUAUGACCUAGGUUGGAAGAAAAAUUUUGAACAGGUAUUUGGGACCAACAAAUGGUAUUGGUUUAUUCCUGCAUAUUCAAAAGAGGAUUUAAGGCGAAUGCCAGAAUUACAAGGCCUUGAGUAUCCAACUCAGUUUGAUGUGGAAUCUCUACAGAAAUUAUAA